AUUUGCAACUUGCAAAUGACCCUUAGGUUCAUCUCCGAAGUACAAAACAGAUCAUUCUUGUGUAAGUUGUAACUGCUUCAGCUUCUCAUCUGUAACAGAAAACUCCUUCGGCUUCUUCUGUUAUACAUACUGAAUUAUAUAUUGUACAAGAGUGAGACCCCUUAGCAACUCGAUCGCGACGUGAGACUGAAGCGAUCAUGUACAAAGGCAGGCACGAGCAACGAAGCAGCAAAUGGUUCGUCUUCCUUUUGGCGGCUUUCGUGUUGCUGUGUGCCAUCAUUCUGGGUUUUGCGUCAAUCGUGUUGCGGGUCAAAAGGCCCCUGCUUCAGCUCGAAUCGGUCUCCGUGAAUCACUUGAGUUAUAGAACUUCACCGUCACCUUCCUUUAAUCUCAAGAUGGUUGCUCAGAUUACUGUCAAGAAUCCAAACUUGGGAAGAUUUGAUUAUGGAAAUAGUAGUGUGACUGUGCUGUACGAGGGCUCUAGUGUUGGUGAUAGAGAAUUGCAGAGUGGCACAGUGAAGAGCAGAGAAAUCAGAGCAGUGAAUGUUACGUUGAAUUUAAGUUCAGAGAAGGUAUUGUCUUCUGGCAAUCUCUCUAGUGAUAUCCUUUCUGGGGCUUUCAAUCUAACAGCCUACACAAAGCUCACUGGCACUGUCCAUCUUCUUAAGUUUCUGAAGAAGAAAAAGUCCACUGAAAUGGCUUGCGUCAUGCGUCUCAACCUGACCUCCAAUUCAGUUCAGAAUUUGAAGUGUUAAUAACAUACUUCUGGGUAUGUUCUUUUCUUUCAUGGUUCCUUCCUUUGAUUUCAGGAUCACAUUCAUUUCAAACCAGUUUUACGUAUCUUUCUGGUAUGUAUAUUAAAACCAUAUCAUUUUUGGAUUAUCAAUUUCG